AUGCUUAACUUCUCGACUUUGAUAGACGUCCAGCGCACUCAAUUAUAUCUGGAAGAAAUGUUUUCAAACGGAUUCCGUUUGUUCACAGAAAUUUACCAUCAAAUACGCACCCAUCUACUUGAUGCUCAGUCUAUACCUAGACAGGGCUGUGCACUCUUUAUUUUGACGCUUGUAGGCCAUAUAUCUCUAUUUGCUAUUCUGUCAACCAUUUGGUAUAUCCGGUCUUUCGAUCAAAAUUUACGGAUAGAUAGACGGUUCCGCAAAGCACAGAUCAGACAUGAGAUCCUCGAGUCCCUGCUUGGUAUAAUUGGCAUUGGGCUAGCCAAUACCCUCUUCGGUAUGCUUCAUAUAAAUGGGUAUUCACGUCUAUAUCUUUCCAUGAAAGAUGGUCCAGGAACAUGGUAUGAGAUUCUCCAAUACCCCCUCGCGAUGUUCCUCAUAGAAACGGGAGUCUACUGGCUGCAUCGGAUGUUCCACCUUCCACUACUAUAUUCAUACACACAUAAAAGCCAUCAUCGGUUCAUCAUCUCAACGCCUUUUUCUGCCUUCGCAUUCCACCCCUUGGAAGCCUUCAUUAUGAGCUUUCCCAACCUGGGUGUCCCUUUCCUCAUUCCCAUGUCAAUAACAUCGUAUCUUCUACUUUUACUAUGCAGUACUGUGGAGACCAUUCUGAGCCACGAUAGUAGGAAGGGUUUUCACACGGUACAUCAUCUCAACCCAAAGGCCAAUUUCGGACAGAUGCUUACGAUCUGGGACGUACUCAUGGGCACUUAUCAAAACCCACUGGGCCAUUUCCGGACAGGUUCUGCGAAUCCCUUAAGGAUAUCGCGAAAGGGCCAUAAAUAA